AUGGUGUUCACGAGGCUGAAGCUGGCAGCGCUGUGCGUGAGAUGGAGUCCUUGCGGCCGCAAGCUGGCCAUUGGCAGCAGUGAGAAGCGGAUCUGCAUCAGCCACCAGGAGAAGGGACAGAAGUGGUGGGUCAGCAAGCACUUCAGAAGGUGCCACAGCAGCAGCGUGGUGGCUGUUGCAUGGCAUCCGGCAGGCGCCCUGCUGGCCACGACCUCCACUGACGGCCGCUGCAGGGUCUUCAACGCUGCACCGCCAGGCUUGGAUGGGGAGGCUGCGGUACCUGGCACGUUUGGUGAUGUGUUGAUGGAUGUGGAGGCCGGUGUCGGCUGGGGGCACGCAGUUGCCUGGUCACCUUCAGGUUCUCAGCUGGUUGUGAGCAGCCAUGGGCCAGCGCUGCACAUCUUGGGCGGUCUGGACGGCGCCGAUGCAGCUUCCCUGCAGCCCCCGCCUGAGUGCCGGCAGCUGCUGGAGCUCACUCAGCUGCCACUGCGCUGCAUUGCGUUCCUGUCUGAGACAAGCCUCGUUGGCGCUGGCUUUGACGGUCAGGUGUUUCUGUUUGAGAGGGGCGGCGACGGCGUCUGGUCCUUUGCGCGUUCCCUGCUGCCGGAGCCGCAGCUGCACAUCGACGACGGCGUCCGCAGGGCCGGGGUCUCCGCAGCUUUCGAAGCCAAGCUCGCCAUGUUCCGCUCCCCCGCCAAGAAGGAGAGGACAGCAGAUGUACCGCAGCAGCUGCCCGGAAAAGGGGCGUCAACAGAGGGGCACAGCAAUGCUAUUGUGGAUCUUCAGGCCUUCACGGAUGAGGCCGGCAAGCCCACAGGGCGAUUCUCCACGGCUGGGUGGGACGGGCGCGUGUUAUUGUGGGAUGCCGGCGGCGCUGAGGGCCUCAUAAAGGCCCUGCAUUUGUCAUGA